AUCGUUAUAAUCUUUAUAAUCAGGUGAAUUUAGUUGCUGUAAAUGUGAUAGCAGACCCUCAUGACAAUAUGUAUGACGACCCGCUAGACCCUGAUCCUGAAGAUCAGUCCGACGAAAGACCUUUACCAGCCCUAAACAAAAGUAAACCAGCAGAAGAGGACGAAGAAGACACUGAAAACAGUCCACUUUCAUCAGAUGGACCCGAGCCAUUAAAAGAUAACGAUGCUCGUAUUGCUUCAUCGGCAAUAGCUGUUUUUGGCGAACACCUGGUCCAGUGCGCUUACUCUAAACAGUGGAAAUUUCGUCAAGAAGCCAUGGAGCAACUUGACAAAGAAAUGACUUCUGAAUCGCCAGAACUGUCAAAUGAUCAAGAUCCGAGGUCCGUUUCUAGGGCUACAGUAUUUCUCGUCAAGAAAGGAAUCAAAGAAAAAGUCCAGUCUGUAUUUUUGUCUUGUUUGACAGUUCUUAGGUCACUGCUUCUAACCUACAUCCCUAAACACAAACUUGGUAAAGGCGAGACUCAACAGGUUUUGGAGAAGGUUGUCCCAGCACUAGUGUUGAAGUCUGGAGAAAUGACUCCAAGAAGCCGCGAAGCUGCUAUAGAUAUGAUUAUAGAAAUAGCGAAAUACGAAGACGCACUGCCAUUAGGAAUUGUUCCUGAUGUUGUAACUCAACCAAUUAAACGCAAACCACCAACGCCGUGGCGUUUACUGAAAAGCAAGCUAGAAACUAUUGAAAAGCUUCUUGGUGUUCUGGAAUUGGAUAAAAAUAAACCAGGGUCUUUGCAUUCAGCAUCAAUAAUGCAGGUAACAGUGACUGCUUUGGACCAUAGCCAUGGUGAAGUGAGGGACGCAGCAGUAAAUUUAAUCUUUCUAAUGUACAAAAAGGUCGGAGAGCCUAUUAAAUCAUACCUGCCGGCCGACGAACCUUCGACAAGAAAGAGUCCUUUAUACCGAUCAAUAUUCGAUGGCUUUGAUAAAAUCGAUGGGAAACCGACUGAAUCGGAAAGACGAGCACAAGCUAAACUCGACCGUAAGCAAGCAGAGAAAACCAAACAAGCCGAGAUUGAGGCACUUCAAGCACAACUUCAAGCGCUCAGAGAUAUGGCUCAGGGUGGAGGCGAAACAAAUCCAGAUCCCAAAACUACGAAAGCAGCGAAAAAAACCCAAGAUGAACCACCAGUAGAUGUUGAUAGGAUGUGUAUUUUCUGUGGAGAGAAAAAUCAGUCUUUCACGGAAGAAGUUCUCGAUCUUCACUACUGGAAAAGUUGUCCGAUGUUAAAACGAUGUGAUCAUUGCUCGCAGGUCGUUGAAGUGUCCGGUUUCAACGAGCACCUCUUAACAGAAUGUGACGCUAAGGAUAAAUUUAGUCAGUGUCCAAGAUGUAAAGAUGUCAUGUUAACUGUGGAUUUAGAAGAGCAUAUAUCAGAUAAUAAAUGUACAGCUCCGAAAGGCAGUAAAGAUGCUCAGAGGUGUCCGUUAUGUAGAACUGUAAUAGGAGACGGUGAAGAAGCCUGGUACAGCCACCUUAUGGAUAACUGUAAGCCUAACAAACUCCGUCUACAGCAGCAACAAGCUAGUAAAGCACCGAGUAGAGCCAGUGUCCGAAGUAAUCGAGGAAGAGGAGGCAAGGCCACACCCUCUACAAGGGGUGCUGCAAGAGGUCGAAAGGGGAACUUGCCUAGAUGAUCGUGUUCUAUGAUUUUACAAAGAACUUAUCCAAAAUCAGACUGUUUGAUUAGCUUGGUUUUCGAGUUAUCGCUUUAAAUUAACAACGYUCAGCGACCCCAUUUUGUGCAAAGCAUAGUUGUAGUUCUCGAACUUCUUCAUGCCCGCUAAAAGCUGACUCGCGUCGCCGUCUCCAGUCGUCUCUCGCGCCUUUUUUCUAGUGUCUCAAAAAGCUUCUUUCCUCCUUCCCUUGAUGCUUUUCGCGCGUGAGAUAGAGGAGAACGACUGGGGACGAGUGAGCGCUAAAGGUCAUUUAAGGCUGUCUUACUUUUCUUUGCAAAAAUAGAAAUAGCUGUGCCGUUUCUAAAACAAUAAAAAAAAAUUAACAAACGCAAAAGCUUUUUAAGGAAAGUUUUGGGCUAUAAAAAGUGCCAAUACUUCAACUCCCAUCAUGCUUUGUUGCAACCUCGUUCCCAGGCCCUUUAUCCCAGCGAAGAGAUAAAGGGCCUGGGAACGAGGUUGGCUUUGUUGAACAAAAUGGCGUCGCUGCACAUUACYUAUUCAAUGAAAAAAUAUAAAACUAUAACAUUUUGAUAUAUAUGGAUUUUUUGGCGCUAAAAGUCACUGAAUACGACGUGAACGACUGGAAUGAGCUCAUUAAACCCGUGAAACGAAACUCGACUAUUAAAGCGUGAUAGUCAAAUAGACACAAAAGAAAACAAUKCCAUUGUACCUAUUUCACGGGUUUUUUGACUUCACUCCAUUUUCAGUGAAGGUAUUUCGCUAUGGUGGACAGCAACCUUGAGCUUUSUAUAUCUUGUAUUAUUUUGUCCCGUAAUACGGAAUCCGACAAAGUUUUGGCUCUUGAAUCCCGAAUCUGCGACAUUGCAAACGGAAUCCGAUAAAACAAGACGAAUCCGGAAUCGAAAUUAAUAACUUCCUAAACAAACGGUAACCUACGAUCGAUAAGCUUUGUAUUCUGAAUCCAAUAUGGCGGAAUAGAAACCUUGCGAAAUGUUUAAUGGAAUCCGGAAUCAAACAACUCUCCGGACUCCGUGCCACSGGGCUAAUUAUUCAACCAAUGUAUUGCUAAGCGAAAACUAAUGUAUUAUUUGGUAUCUUUGUAUAUUAAAAAGUGUGGAAUUUUUGUACAA